UGUCCAGAGGCCAGUGCGCCUGUGAUGGACCCUGAGGACAUCUCAGCACCUCCCUCCAGGUUACAUGGGAUGGUAUGUGUACUCAUGCCUUACACACAUCAGGAGUGCCCUAAGCAUUGGGGCAUCUGCUAGGCAGAGAGGUGGCACUCACCAGUGGCACAGAGGAUCGGAAGCUCUGUCCCUGAGCAUCUGAGUGGACCACAGGCUUCCUUUCUAGCAUCCUAUCCAGAUGCCUGGAGGAGCCCUUUGUUCCACUAUCUCUAUAGGCACUGUUCUCUCAGCAGAUGAGCCCACUUCCCCCAAGAAGCCAAAGAGUGUCCCUGAGCCCACUCCCAGAGACAUGGAACCUGAAGUCACCUCUCCCCGACCCUCUGAAUGGACUUCAGUGAGGAUUGGCCCUGAGGAAAAUGUGGCUGGGCAGGACGUGCUGGCUGUACGUGUCCUGGUCACCAGUGAGGACAGCAGCUCUGAUACAGAAUCUGACUAUAGUGACACCAGAGCCCCCUGGGCAAGGGCCUGCGAAGAGAGGUCCCAGCUUCCAGAAUCCCCACCUCGAUCAAAGCCCCCAACCCGGCACGUCUCCCUGAGGGAGCCCCUGACUAGACCGGUCUCUCUACUACACCAUGAGGAGUCACAGGCUCUGCCUGCUCUGCUAAGGACCCACAGCCUCCAGUCUCCAGUUCCAAGCAAAUACCAGAGCUGGAGGAGAAAAUUCCAGUCCAGUUCAACACCCAUGAGCAGAAGAGCACCAUCACCUCCAAAGGAGCCUCCUCCUCCUCUUCCAUCUUUAUCUUCUUCAUCUUCCCUGUCAUCUGCCUUUUCUUUGGCCAGUGAACUUGGGCACACUUCAGAUAAUUCCUCCCCACCUCAGGUGCCAGCAUACAACCUCCACUGCCCACCUGUAUCCAGAGGUGAUUGCAGCCCUACUCCACUAUACCUGAGACGUGCCAGGGCUCAAGGGAUCUCGAAGGAAAUUCCUCUCUAUCUGCCUCAUGUUCCCAUGCUGGAGAGCACAGGCCUGGUCAGCCCCGGUGGGGAAGACUUCAGCAACUCUACAGAGAUGACUUCAGAGGACUGCCAGGAAGCACGGGCUCCUCUUGGGAGCACCAAAAGCAUGUACAAAGAUUACCACCCCGUUGCAAGGAAGGACCAGUAUUUGCACAAUCAAAACAUAGCUCUUAGGGCUGCAGGGAACCCAAGAGAAGUGAGGGAGGGACCCAGGAGAGACCAAACAGGUACGCCACAGCCCUCUGAAGAAAGGAAGUUGGGCUUGAAGAAAUUAGUCCUUACACCAGAACAGAAGAGCAUGUUGCUAGACUGGAGUGACUCCACCCCUGAGCACAAGGCUGGGAAGCAGCUGUCCCAGGAAAGAGCUGAGAAUGGCAGAAACUGUACCCUGAAACCAUUCUGCUCCUCUACCUCUCCUCGGACAGUGAAAGAGAAGUUGCUAUCCCAGACGGGGACCCGGGAGGAGAUGCGUACUCCAGCUGUCAAGGUGCCGCGGGAGAGAGAAGUGCCUCCACCCAAGUCCCCCCUAAGGCUUAUAGCAAAUGCCAUCCUAAAGUCUCUGCUCCCCAACUCUGAAGGUGGAAAGAAGACCUGCCCUAAACCAGAGUCAAAAACAUCACCUCGGGGCCAGCCACAUGGCUUUACUCGCUCCUUUAGUCUUCGGAAACCCAGUUCCAAUAAAGAUGGGGACCAGCAGUCUCCAGGGAGACAUAUGGCCAAAAAGGCCUCAACCUUCUUCUCUUUGGCUUCUCCAACUUCUAAGGCUGCCCAGGCCUCAGACCUUAGCCUUCCUGACCCCAUUCUCCGCUCUCGGAGUUUGCCCAAUCGUCCCUCCAAAAUGUUCUCUGCAACCACAUCGCCCCCACCCGGCAGCAAGACUGAAGAUGUCCCCACCCUCCUGGAGAAAGUGAGUUUGCAGGAUGCCACUCAGGUUCCAAAGAAACGAGCCUCGCGUAUUUCCAACCUUGGCCUCAAAGAUAAAUCCUUUGAGAGCUUUCUCCAGGAAUGUAAACAAAGAAAGGACAUUGGGGACUUCUUUACUAGCUCCAAAGAAAAGGGGCCACCGGGGAACAGAGUCCCAUCCUUGGAGAAGCUGGCACAGCCUUUGGGCAGCACCUCCCUGGGGCAGGUGGCACAGCCUUCUACAGGGAGAGAUGCACGCCUUGGAGCUCCAGUGACAGAGGCCACCUCUUCUCCCUCUUCUACCACCUCCUCCUCUGCAGAUGAAGACUUUGACUCCCAGCUUUCAUCUAGGUUAAAGGAGAAGACACCCAAAAGAAGAAGGAAGCUGGAGAGGCUGUUAGUUAAGCAAGAAGAAUUGAAAAGACUCCAUAAGGCUCAGGCCAUCCGGAGGCAGCUAGAGGAGGUGGAAGAGAGGCAGAGGACCUCGGAGAUCCAGGGUGUGAAGCUGGAGAAGGUGCUGAGAGGAGAAACAGAUUCAGGGACACAGGACGAAGCCCAGCUUUUGCAGGAAUGGUUUAAGCUGGUUCUGGAGAAGAAUAAAUUAAUGCGAUAUGAGUCGGAGCUACUGAUCAUGGCCCAAGAACUGGAACUAGAAGAUCAGCAGAGCAGACUGGAGCAGAAACUACGACAGAAAAUGCUCAAGGAUGAGGGCCAGAAAGAUGAGAAUGAUCUAGAGGAGGAGCAAGAAAUAUUCAAGGAGAUGAUGCAGGUGAUUGAGCAAAGAAACAAGCUUGUGGAGUCCCUAGAGGAACAGCGUGUCAAAGAAAGAACCCAAGACCAACACUUUGAAAACUUCGUUCUCUCCAGAGGCUGUCAGCUCAGCAGGACGUGAGAUGCCCUCCCCACCCCACUGAAGCUAGAGAGCCAAGAACACCACACUUUCUCACCAAGUUACUGAAUUUAGACCUUACUGCUUAAAAGAGAGAAAGAGAGAGAGAGAGAAAGAAAGAAAGGAGAGGGGGAGAGAGAGAGAAAGAAAAUUAAAUGCCUCUCAUAUGAGCUCCAUAUGGUAGUUCACAUGUGUAAUCCCUGCUGAAGAAAGCUGAGGCAGGAGGACUGCUGUGAGUUCCAGGCCACCCUGCAUUAUACAAGGAGACCCUGUCUCAAAAAGCAGACAUCUCUUGUAGGUCUUACAUCUGUUAUGGCUUCCCAAGGUUUUUUCCUUUAUGAAAAACUGACUCUUGAGCUUUGGCAGUGCACACAGCCAGUCCUGAGAGUGCAGGUGAUCUUGGCAGAUGACCAGCAUUGUUUGCUCCCUGGAAAGUCACACAGGCUUGACCUCUCGGCUGCCUUUGUCAUUUUUCUUUAUAAUUCAUUGAGUUACAUGUUUUAAGACUUCUAAGAAAUGCCUUUUCAUUAAUACGCCCAUAUUUGUCUUUUUUGCACGGCUGACCAGUUUCCAAAUGUCAGGACACAGCAGCGGCAGUUUAAAGAUUAGCUUAAUAUUUAAAUUGUGUUUCCAGAGAAAGCAGAGAAACCCUGAGAUUACUGAUUAAAUAAAGCCAAUAACUCAUAUAGCAGGUGUUAAUUCAAUCCAGGGUGAAUUUAAUUUACCAGGUAUAUUUAUAAGCCUUAAUAUAAUAUACAUAAGCAAUGAGAGUUAAUUUAAUUUUUUUAAAAGAAAAAAGGAAAUAAAACUUGAAGUUCAUGCCAGCAGGAUUCUUUGGUUUUCACCAAAUCUGCUACCUUUGAAGCCUCUUAUUCCCACAAUGUUCUGUUUGUAGCCCUGGACUAUAAUAAGUACUUUUAGGAAAUGAAUGGUUUUAUAGUACUUUUUGAGGGAGCUUUGGUGAUGGCAGAAAGAGAAGCUUUCAUUUGUUGAUAAAACACUGGUGAGCUGACUACUACUACUAAAAAACACACUGUGGUACCAGGGGAAGCCGCUUUUCCAUGGUCACCUAUGGUCAUCUUAAGUGCAUGACCUUUUUGAGACAAAGACAAAACCACUUCUAACUUCCAGGUAGAACUGAGGGCAAUGCCCAUAUUUAUUGAACUCCAAAUUGAGUCAUGAGUGUGUGUGUGUGUGUGUGUGUGUGUGUGUGAGAGAGAGAGAGAGAGAGAGAGAGAGAGAGAGAGAGAUUAAAAGAGAGAGACACAGAGAGAGAGGAUAGAGAGACCGUUUAAAUUUGCAAAAAAAAAAAAUGUUUGUGGAUCGAGUGGCCAUGUCAACAUGUUGGGUUUCCUUGAGUAUACAGGAACGAAAGAAGACAAGAGUUAGUGUUGAUAUAUUUGCCAUAAGUUAUUGGAAACACAAUAGGUUCCAUGCCAGCCAAGGUGACAUAAUCAGACUUCGUCUCAAAAAAUAUUUUUCAGUCCCCAGGCAUUGAGAAGAAUAUUGGAUACAUACAAAUGAACUCAUUUUGAGAAAGAGAUGUGUGGCUCCAGUUUUCAUUUCCAGUUAGAUGAAAGCACACUUUCUGAUGUCUGCAUGUGUUUAACAGAGGAUUUGAGUUGGGGUACCUAGGAUGUCAUUGUGAAAAAGAAUUGGCACUUCUCUUAACUAGUUGUAUUAAAAGGGAUUCUCUCAAAGUGGGCAAGAGAGAAGACGAUCUUGGUCCUACUGUUGGGUUAUACUGUGGUUGCUGGGCUAGUUAAAAAGGUUUGAUUCCUUACAAUGGAGAAUGUUCUAGGCUCUUCAAUGCACUUCUUGAAGAUGAUUCCUCUGUGCAAUGGAGCAGGACUGGGAAAGGAUUCCGUCCUGCUCUACAGAAGAGCACCAGGGUAGAAAGUCAAGAAGAAACAGAGAUCAAGUCCAGCCUUGGGUCAGAUUUCACAUCCAGCCUCCCACGGUGUCCAAAUCAAGCCUGACAGGUUUUGAUAGUCACAAGCUCAGAAUUUUACCCACGCUGGAUCAAGAAUUCAUAAGUGUGGUCUCUCCAACUGUCCAUCUAUAGAUCUACUUAUUCAGCAUUCUCUGAGUGCUGGUGGGGUGCUGGGUGCUAGGCUACACAAAAGAGGUUCGUCCUCUUCUUCAUUUCCAGACAUACACAAAACAGGAACUCACUGCCAUUCCCAAAGACAAGCAUAAAGAACUAAAAAAAUAAAUAACAAACAAAACCCAGCACUUGGGAGGCAGAGGCAGGAGGAUCUCUGUGAGUUCGAGACCAGCCUGGUCUAUAAGAGCUAGUUCCAGAACAGCCUCCAAAACCACAGAGAAACCCUGUCUUGAAAAAAAAAAAAGAAAGAAAAGAAUAGCUUUUCUCCCUGAAUACUGUAGACUGGCAAUAAAAAUAAGUUCGUGUUGCUAAAACUGUGAAAAAUCCUAUCAGGUUGUAGCAUUUCAUUUAGACCUCCUUGUUGGCAGCAUCAGGCUGCUUGGAAUCAAUCAAUGGCAAGCUACAGCAUGUUAAUUGCCACUGAGAAAGGAAGUGGCAGGUGGUGCCAACUCUGAUGAGCUGCAAUGCAACUGAUGUUUUUUUGCGUGGUGGGGGGGCAAAUGACAAUUCAGUGAUGUCUCUCUUCCCAGGCAGCAGAUUGAUAGGCUUCUCCCUCCAAACAGAAUGGCAGCAUGCCCCACCCAGGUGGCUGAUCAGAGAAACUACCUCAGCUAGGCAGAGGUGGCAGGGGGCAGCUGGCGCCAUCGCACAAAUAGAGAAAGUGGCGGUUGAUGGAUGUGGGCAAGAUCCAAUGUGGGAACUGAUUGUCCUCAGAAGGUUCACUCGGGGCAGAGUCUCCUAUUUCAUCUCACCUCUCUGCUGACAAGCUUGUAAAAGAUUAAUCUGCUGCAACAAUUGGUAGCUAUUCAUGAUGAUGGAAACGUGUUAUAUGUGCAUGGCUCUAAAUACCGAAAUGAACCCGCAAAUAAAUGGUUUUGUGUCUCAGGAAUCAAAACAUAUUCAUGUGGGCUUGCCGGCCCCUCAGAGGGCAGCGUUCAUUUCAUCUCUUUCUUCUCGAUGAAAGGACCUGGGACAAAGCCUUGAUUUCAUACAGGAGUUCGGAAAUUAGCAUAAGACCUCUCAUUACCCUAGGCACCUGGAAGGAUUUACCUGCUAGCCUCUCAUUGGAUUCCAGUGGGAGAGGCGGAGAGAGCUCAGCUCAGGUGUGUUCUCUAACAAAGAAAGGUAUUUUCAAUGCCAUCGUAGGGGAGGGACGAGGCCAUCCUUACCCCAACCUGCCUGGUCCUCUCAUUUUCUUGCCUGGGGACGGCUGGUUUUGAAUUCCACUUAUUCACCAGGGACACAGCCUUGUGCACAGAGCUUGCUGCUUUCUUCCAUUCACAGUCUUUGAGGAUCAAGUUUGUUUUGCCUUGGUUCUUAACCUUAGCACAUGCAAAUGUGUGGAAUGUAAAUUAUAAUGCAGCUAGAUGGCCACAACGGGACAUCAACCGGUCAGUCCUGGGAGCACUCCCCAUUCCAUUCAGUCUCCCUGCAUGGUGAGAAAACUUUGAUCCCCUGUUUGAAAGGGAUCUGCUUUUCUCAUUGGCUGCCAAUGGGAAAUGCCCACAGUUGUUAGUGCUUUACAGUCUGACCUAUGAGGUGAAGAGACAGGGACAGCCACCUCGGAGAAGCUUGACGGGUAUUGUUUGAGAAUCUUCUGGAACUCAGUUGCCUUCUCAGUGAUCCUGAGUGGCAGACAGACUCAGCCUUUCCACACCUGUUAACUACAGACCACCAUCCCAAGCCUUCAGGAGCAGACUGGGUAAAUAUGCCUGCUUCUUCUUCCAGCUCACUUCUGCAGAAUAGGGAGGACGAUGGGGAGGAGAGGAAGACGUAAAGGAAGAAAGGGCGAAGGAAAAGAAAACAUAAUGUUCUGGCUUUGACCCUCAGCACCACAAAAAAGGAAAGAAAGAAUGCAAAAACCAUGACAACCAGUUGACCAGGGCAGCCCCUGGACCCCACACUAGCAUAAGAGUCACUGCAAAUUCAGCUGGCCCCACCUGUUGGGUGCUAUAAACUCUGCCUCAUAGUUUCCUGUCUCAUCCCGAAAAUGCAAUCCUGAGUAAGCAUUGUCUGAAUUCUCAGAAGAUGAGCCCAAGACACAAAGAGGCUCAGCCACUCAACUAACUACCAUCGAUCAUGGUCAUGUCUGUAGUGACCCAACCCAGCUGUGGCCUCGGAAGUCUGGGGCCUGGAUCUCCAGGCUGCACAGCCCUACUCUGCACCCCCUCUGGUCUCCUGCCUGGUAUCACCUGCACUUUCCCUCCCUGCUUCGGAUGGGUUUCCAUCACCAACCCUCACAAAAAAACGUGCUAGCACCUGCUCCAUCAAGCUCAACCUGGGAACACAGUCCAGGCGCCACUUGAUCCAGUGUUUUGUGCUGCUUGCGCGUGUGCAUAUAUGAUCCAGUAUUUUGCCCUGCUUUCAUGUGUAUGUGUGUGUGCUCCAACAUGUAAAUAGAGGUCAAAAUUGUUAAGCUACUAGCUCUGCUGCAUCUCUCCAAACUCCAACCUGAGACCCACAAGCUGCAUGCUCCCUGGGAUAGCUAUGGAUGUAGCCUGACAUAAAUCCUGAACUCACUUAAAA